CUCAAAAAACCUACAAGACACGGCAGCAUUCUGAGCAGAGAGUCUCCAGCUGACAAGAAACAGAAGGUUGAACGCUGCAGUAGUACGCACGACUUUGAUCCAACAGAUAGCUCCUCCAAGAAGACAAAGUCUAGUUCAGAGGAGAGUAGAUCCGAGACAUAUGGUCUUGUUCAACGGUGUGUUGUUAUCCAACGGGAUGAAAACGGAUUUGGGCUGACAGUCAGCGGAGACAAUCCAGUCUUCGUGCAGUCCGUCAAAGAAGAUGGAGCAGCCAUGCGGGCUGGAGUGCAAACUGGUGAUAGAAUUAUCAAGGUGAAUGGCACUCUUGUAACACACUCAAACCAUUUGGAGGUGGUAAAGCUGAUCAAGUCGGGUUCCUAUGUAGCUCUCACUGUUCAAGGGCGCCCACCGGGGUCGCCCCAGAUUCCAUUAGCUGAUUCUGAAGUGGAUCUGGCAGCAUUUGGGCAUAUGUCUCCCAUCAUGACAUCUCCCCAUUCGCCUGGCACAUCAGGAAAUGCAGAAAGGAUUACUAGCCCCGUGCUUGUGGGGGAGGAGAAUAAUAUUGUCCACAACCAGAAGGUGGAGAUUCUGAGAAAGAUGCUACAGAAAGAGCAGGAGCGGCUGCAGUCUCUGCAAGAAGAGUACAGCCGAUCACCCACCACACGACUGCUCAAAGAGAUACAGGAAACGAAGAAGCACAUUCCUCAGCUGCAAGAGCAGUUGUCCAAAGCCACAGGCUGUACUCAGGAUGGAGUCUUGUCCUCCAGGUCUGUGACGGAAUCGCUGCAGCUCAGUGAAGUGGAGGCAGAGAGCGGGGAUUGUGUGACCAAACUGGAUUACAGUGGUGACAGCCCCUCCCGACCAAACAGUGACAUUGCUGAUAGUCCUCGCAGUGGCUUGAAGGAGCGGAUUUUUCCAGAUGAGAGCCCAGAAAAGACUGAGGUUCAAGAUACUGAUUCCCAGUCCAGUGUUGGCAGUCCUUUAUCCCGAGUGGGGCCUCAGAUCAUCGGAGCAGAGGAUGACGACUUUGACACUGAACAGGAGCAGAUUAACGGACAAUGCAGCUGUUUCCAAAGCAUAGAGCACCUGAAAUCUCGUCCAGCUCACCUGGCUGUUCUUCUGCAUCAUGUGGUGUCCCAGUUUGACCCUGCAGCAUUGUUGUGCUACCUUUACACAGACUUGUACAAGCAGACCAACUCCAAAGAGACUCGGCGUGUCUUCCUUGAGUUUUACCAGUUCUUCUUGGACCGAGCUGCAAAUCUGAAAGUUCCGGUUCCAGAUGAAAUCUCCUUAGAACUAGACAGAAGGCGGCCAGAACUCAUUCCUGAAGAGCUUCAUCGGCAGUUUAUACAAACUAUGCAAGAUAAAGUCUGUCCAGAAGUUCAAAGGAAUCUGGAAGAUUUCAGGCAGAAACGUAGUAUGGGAUUGACCCUGGCAGAAGGAGAGCUGACCAAGCUGGAUGCAGAAAGAGUUCGUGACCGGAAUGCAAUGGAGAGAGAAAGAGCAUGUGCAGAACAGAUUAUUGCUAAAAUUGAGGAAGUCUUGAUGACAUCUCAGCCUUUGGAAGAAGACAAGAGUUCCACAAUGCAGUAUGUGAUUCUUACUUACAUGAAACACCUGGGAGUCAAAGUUAAAGAACCUCGGAACCUGGAGCAAAAACGUGGCCGUAUUGGUUUCUUGCCAAAGAUCAAGCAAAGUAUCAAGAAAGAGAAAGAAGGAGAGGAAAAAGGAAAGAGAAGAGGCUUUCCUAAUAUUCUGGGCCCACCAAGGAGACCAAGUCGACAUGAUAGCAGUGCAAUUGGCAGAGCCAUGGAAAUGCAGAAGCCCCGCCAAUCGAAGCACUUGCCUCCAGCAUCUUCUGUUAGCCCAGAGCCACUAGAUUCUAGCAAGAUGCGCCAGAGUGGGUCCUCCAGUGAUGGAACAGAUGUGCCGUACCCACCUGCCAACCCAAUGUCUCCUUUGGCGAUGGGUCCCUUCUCCUCUCCAGAGGGAAGCAAGGACAGUGACACAGGUUUGAAGCAGGCUGGAGAAGCUCCACCUGCUAAUGACUGUAUGGAUGGCACACCCCGCACACCUAAUAAUACCUUUGAAUUUCCAUCUCCUUUGGAAAACUUGCAGGAGGAGGAGGGAGAAUCGGAGAGAAUGGUUGACAUGGGAACACCAAAGCCUUUUCGCAAGAUGGACAGUGUUGGUUUCACAGAUGUACAAAGUGAAGAUGAGUUAUAUGAUUUUGACAUGGACAUGGACCCUCCCAACUGGCAGCAGCUUGUGAGCCGAGAAGUGUUGAUGGGGCUGAAACCCUAUGAAAUCAAGCGCCAAGAAGUGAUUAAUGAAUUGUUUUACACCGAGAGAGCUCAUGUCCGCACGCUGAAGGUUCUGCAUAAUGUCUUCUACCAGCGUGUCACCCGGGAAGGGAUCCUGAACUCCAGUGACAAACGGAAAAUCUUUUCGAAUCUGGAGGAUAUCCUUGGGCUUCAUGUUGCUUUGAACGAUCAGAUGAAAGCUGUCCGAAAAAGGAAUGAGACUUCUGUUAUUGGCCAAAUUGGGGAAGACUUGCUUUCCUGGUUUAGUGGACCAGCAGAGGAGAAGCUGAAACAUGCAACUGCCACAUUCUGCAGUAACCAGCCCUUUGCUCUGGAGGUCAUCAAGUCACGCCAGAAGAAGGACUCUCGCUUCCAGACUUUUGUGCAGGAUGCUGAGAGUAAUCCACUGUGUCGCCGGUUGCAGCUGAAGGAUAUCAUUCCCACAGAGAUGCAGAGGUUGACUAAGUACCCCCUUCUGCUGGACAACAUUGCUAAGUACACAGAACUGCCUGAAGAGAAAGAGAAAGUGAAGAAAGCAGCAGAUCAUUGUCGUCAGAUCCUUAACCAUGUGAACCAGGCUGUCAAAGAGUCUGAGAACAAACAGCAUUUGGAAGAUUAUCAGCGCCGUCUCGACCUAUCCUACUUGAAACAGUCUGAGGAUCCCAUGAUGGAUGAGUUCAGGAACUUGGAUCUAACAAAGAGAAAAAUGCUUCAUGAGGGACCUCUAAUUUGGAAGGUUAAUCGUGACAAAACUAUCGAUCUCUACACUCUGCUUCUGGAGGACAUUCUGGUGCUGUUGCAGAAACAAGAUGAUAAACUGGUACUGAAGUGUCACAGUAAAAUCCUGGCAUCAACAGCGGAUAGUAAACACACGUUCAGUCCUGUCAUCAAAUUGAACACCGUUCUGGUUCGUCAGGUGGCAACAGAUAACAAAGCGUUCUUCGUCAUCUCCAUGUCAGAAAAUGGCGCUCAUAUUUAUGAACUGGUGGCACAGACUGUUUCAGAAAAGAAUGUAUGGCAGGACCUUAUAGCUCAGAUGGCAGGGAAUGUCAAAAUGGGGAGGACUAGAACAGUGAUUCCAUUACCACAGUCAGGACCUGGCGAAGAAGAGCGUGAAGAAGAGGAGCAGCAGAAGCUCAAAGAGCAGCAUGACAUUCCUGCCAGUAGCCUACAAAGUCCAGAUAAAGAUUUGGGUCUCGAAUCUCCCUUGAUAUUGAAUGCUCAGUCUUCUUCACCCAUCAUGUCUGAAAAGUCCAAGGUAGAAAGUCUCCUUGUGUCAGAAAGACAGUUUGAUAAAGUGCAGCAGGCAGACCUGACACCUGGUUCUUCUGCAUGCUAUGAACACACAACCACCAGUUUACCGUCGGUAUCAGAAGGGCAAUGGGCAUUGGAUGCAUUAAGGAACCUGGGCUUGCUGAAACAAUUGUUGGUACAGCAGCUUGGAUUUUCUGAGAAGGGGACCCUUGGAGACUGGCAGCGCUUUCCCAGGUUUAGGACCGUUUCUCAAGAAGCCCAGACAGAGAGUGGAAGUGAGCCUGGACUACAGCACUCUGACAGUAACAAAUUUCACCAGCCUGGAAUAGACAGAAUGCUUCCGAGAACCGGAAUGAAUGAGUCCACAGCUAGUUAUGGCCUCCGGACUUCAGCCGAAUCGCUAGUUCCAGGAGACGUCAUGCAGCUGACGGCGAGAGACCCCAGAUCAAGUAGUAACUUAGCAAUAGACCGCAUGAGUAUGAAUCUGGAGGUCUCAAGCACAGAGCUGGAAGGGAUGAGUGCUGAUGAAAGUGGGGAGCAUUUUUUUGAUGCUCGAGAAGCUCACAGUGAUGAAAAUCCAUCUGAAAGUGAACUAAUGGAAAGGAAGGAGGAAGAAGAUGUGCAAAUACGGAUCUCAGGAAAUUAUUUGAUCCUUGAUGGAUAUGAACCAGUGCAGGAGAGCUCCACAGAUGAGGAGGUAUCAUCUCUAGUUCACCAGUGCGCUGCAGGUGGCCGCACCUCUUUGGACUCUGCACAGCAGCAGCCACUUUCCCCACGGGACACCCAGUCGGAUGGAGGAAGCUCUCCGUUUGCUGAGGAGAUGAUGGCCUCACGCUGGGGGGGAGUGGUGGAAGAGCCCUGCUCAUUUGUAGCAAGCCCUCACUUCUCUAUAGAGUCACGUGUGCAGAUGAUGCAGUAUAUUCAGAAGAUAGAGGAUGACCUUGAAAAGUUAAAGGAGGUUGAGGAAGACUACACCAUUCUCCGACGCCAAGGGCUGGCUGGAUCAGCCUCCACAGGAGAGCACUCAGAGUAAAGCUAGUCAUGUUUUCAGGAGUGGCUGAAGACUGGAUGAAGAGUGGCAGGACACAACACCCACUGUCUUCAUUUUGGACUCUGAGACAAGAGGGCUUGAAUCCAAACAUGAACCAUAUUCUAGCAAAGUGGGCAUGGCGUGUUUUUUCUGUGGGACAUCUGCACUAUCUUGUCAGUGAGGGAGUCUAUUCUGCUCCUCUCCUUGCUACCAGAAAUUCAUUUUUCAGAACAGAAAAACCAAACCAAAUGUACAGAGCUUUGGGUGUAGGAUAUAAAAAUGUAUUUAGACAUUUAAAAAAAAAAAAUCAAUGUAUUUAUUUGACUUCAUUCCGUGUAUCAAAAGCACAUUUUAAUUUUUUAA